AUGGACCUGCCAGGCCUUCCUGCGGUCAAGCCGCCUGUCUCUCCUGUGGCUUCUGCCGGGACAGCCCCCAUCCCGGUUCAGUUUCCCCGUGUCGCCAUACAGUUCUGCACGCAGUGCAAGUGGAUGCUGCGCGCUGCCUACUAUGCCCAGGAGCUGAUGUCCACGUUCGGCACAGCACUCGGCGAGGUGGCCCUGCAGCCGGCCACCGGCGGCGUCUUUCGGGUGACCAUUGAGCAAGGCACUGCCACCGGCACAGAUACAGCCUCCAGUCCGGCCCUGCUCUGGGACCGCUCCGUCGACGGCGGCUUCCCGGAGACAAAGGAGCUGAAGCGGCGCGUGCGGGACGUCAUUGCCCCCGGCAGAGAUCUCGGGCACGUCGAUCGGGCAGCAGCAAAAGAGGCAAAGAGUAUAUCCGCUUCGGCUCCGGCAUCAGAAUCGACAGCAGCCGCAACAUCGCCUUUGACGGAGACAAGGAAGAACAAUAUGCCGGCACAAGUGUGUGAGGACUGCCAGUAG